AUGAUGAGAGAAGUUAUCAGUAUUAAUGGUAUGUUUAACUUGAAUCUGUGUGAUUCACGCGUACACCCAAGGGAGAGGGAGAGAGCAGGGGCAACCGUUUCAAGAGGAAACGGUGACCCACGCCAUGCCAUCUACGCGUAUUUCGUCGUCUAUACUGGCUGCCACGGGGCAGAAUUAACCCUAGAUUACUUUGCUAUGCACCAUCACCGUGAUCGUUUUCGAAAAUGCAAAAAAACCCUGGGGUUUACUUUCCCAGUACUCUUCCCAAAAAAAAAAAAACAGAAAAAAAAAGUUUGGGGUCGAUUACUAACAGCAUAUCAUAGUUGGGCAAGCUGGUUGUCAAAUCGGGAAUGCAUGUUGGGAGUUGUACUCUCAAGAGCACGGCAUAAGACCCGACGGGUAUUUACAAGAAGGGCUCACUAGACCCAAGGGAGGAGAAGAAGGGUUCAGCACCUUUUUCAGCGAGACCGGUUCGGGCAAAUACGUUCCUCGUGCUUUGUAUGUUGACUUGGAACCCAAUGUCAUUGACGAAGUUAGAACUGGUGUCUACAAGGACUUGUUCCACCCUGAGCAGUUGAUUGCUGGUAAAGAAGACGCAGCAAACAACUAUGCUAGAGGCCACUAUACUGUUGGUAGAGAAAUCUUGGAUGAUGUUUUAGACAGAAUUAGAAGAAUGAGUGACCAGUGCGAUGGUUUGCAAGGUUUUUUGUUUACCCACUCCUUGGGCGGUGGUACUGGCUCCGGGUUGGGCUCGUCGUUGCUCGAGCACUUGUCGAUGGACUAUGGUAAGAAGUCCAAGUUGGAAUUUGCUGUUUACCCUGCUCCACAAGUGUCCACCUCGGUUGUUGAGCCUUACAACACCGUCUUGACCACCCAUACCACCUUGGAACACGCCGAUUGUACAUUCAUGGUGGACAACGAGGCCAUUUACGACAUGUGCAGAAGAAACUUGGACAUUGCCAGACCAAACUUUAGUUCCUUGAACAACUUGAUUGCCCAGGUUGUCUCAUCUGUAACGGCAUCUUUGAGAUUCGAUGGUUCAUUGAAUGUUGAUUUGAACGAGUUCCAGACUAACUUGGUGCCAUACCCAAGAAUCCACUUCCCAUUGGUUAGUUAUGCACCAGUUUUCUCCAAAACGAGAGCUAACCACGAGGCCAAUUCGGUUUUGGAAAUCACCCAAUCGUGUUUUGAACCAGGUAAUCAAAUGGUUAAAUGCGACCCAAGACAGGGUAAAUAUAUGGCCACGUGUUUGUUGUACCGUGGUGACGUUGUCACAAGAGACGUUCAAAACGCAGUUGCUCUUGUAAAGUCAAAGAAGACGGUGCAAUUGGUUGAUUGGUGUCCUACUGGUUUCAAGAUUGGUAUUUGCUACCAGCCACCAACGGCCAUUGAAGGAAGCGAGUUGGCAAGCGCAUCAAGAGCCGUUUGCAUGCUCUCGAACACAACGGCCAUUGCCGAAGCAUGGAGAAGAAUCGAUAGAAAAUUCGACUUGAUGUAUUCAAAGAGAGCGUUUGUUCACUGGUACGUGGGAGAAGGUAUGGAGGAAGGCGAGUUUACUGAAGCUAGAGAAGAUUUGGCUGCUUUGGAAAGAGAUUAUGUUGAAGUUGGAACCGACUCGUUCCCAGAAGAGGAAGAAGAGUACUAG